AUGUCUGACUGUUGCUUAAAGGAUUUAUGUCGUCUGCCUUUAGCACAAAUUAGCGGCGUGUCCAGUCGUAGGCGUCGGUGGCGCACGAGCCUGAUGAGUUCGUGCGCGGCGGCCGCCAUGCGCGAAAAGCACGCGGCGCCGCGCCGCCUCGCCUCCCCGCCGACCUCGCCCCUCCAGCGACACCCCAGCCCCCUCGGCUCACCUCGCCCUGACGAGCCCCUCGACCUCAGAGUCACACACAAGCGACCGCAACGGCUGGAGGAUGAGAACUGUAAUCUCAUUCCCUCACCGCCACCUCACCCUACGCACCCAGCACACCCAGCGCAUCCAGCUCUGCUUCAGUUCUGCCGACGUUUACCCCUGGCUCUGCCGGCGUCUUUCGGCCGUUACCCCUUUUUACCCGCAGCAGCUGCGACCCUCCUAGCGCCGGGGGCGCCCAGAGCUCCUCCCGUUCCCCAAAACGCCGGAGUGAAUAGAGCACGGGAUAGGUACACGUGCUCCUAUUGUGGAAAGGCGUUCCCGCGAAGUGCUAAUCUGACGAGACAUUUACGGACACAUACAGGCGAACAGCCUUAUCGCUGCAAAUAUUGUGAACGAUCAUUCUCAAUAUCAUCGAACCUGCAGAGACACGUGAGGAACAUUCACAAUAAGGAACGGCCGUUUCGAUGUCGUCACUGCGACCGUUGUUUCGGCCAGCAGACAAACCUGGAUAGGCAUCUCAAAAAGCACGAAGCCGAGAACGGGGACGAUAACCGUCGCAGAUCACCAGAAGAGACGUACUUUGAAGAAAUAAGGUCGUUCAUGGGACGUGUGGCGCCAGCAAGACGGACUGCCGCCGCCGCGAGUAUCGCAGACCACACCUGA